AUGCAUUUUAUUAAUGUGGUAUUGGUACUGUCUAUUGUGAUACUGCCUUCCUGUUUGUCGGCAGUGAAUGAGGCAUUUGUGCGUGAGGCCAGUUAUCAUCAUCUUUAUCCAUAUCUUUCAAUAGCUGUAAGGUUACGUGAUCAUAUGCACGUAUUACCUUACUUUUUUGGUUUAUUAGAGAAUCUCGACUAUCCGAAAGACCAAAUUUUGAUUGAUAUUUAUGUGGGAAAACAUACUGAUGCAACGUUAUCUGAAACUAAACUUUGGACAGACAAUGCUAGGAUUUAUUACAAAUCUGUUUCCUUGAAUUCGAAUCCAGAAAAUUGGCAAGAAGAAGCAUUAACGAAAGCACGAAGUUCCAAGGCAAAGUACCUAUUAUUUUUAAGGGGUGAUCAUCUGUUGACGGAUUCUAAAAUUCUCCAGAAAUUAAUGCAAAAAAAGAAAUUAGCUAUUGCUCCGUGUCUUUUUGCACUGUUUGACGACCCGCCAACGGUUCCAGUAUGUCAAAAUUACUACGAUCGUAAUAAAGCAGCAAAUAUUAACGAAGUAGACAUGGUUCCACAACCUUUGUUAAUACAUUUAGCACAUCCCGAUUCUUCAUAUCUGACAUUUACGGCCGAUAAUUUAUUUAAUUAUUCAGAAUUUGAUUCUAAAGGUCCAGGUUCUGUCUUUACUAUAUCAGCUCUGCGAAUGAAUAUAACAUUUUUUGUCGAUCAUGAAUAUUUUUAUGGAUAUUUUAUCGAUCAUUCAUUGCGAUCUCUAAAAUACCAGCGACAAUUGUUUCAUCAUCUACUUACGAAUUUGGUUGCUGACUUCGGCGUGAUGCCUAUUGUGCCUUCAUCAUUCUUAACCAUCUCUUAUCCCCAACCUUCACUUUUUGCUGUUGAUAAGAUAUAUAUUAUAAAUUUGAAACGAAGAAUAGAAAGAAAAAUCAAAAUGGAAGAGAAAAUGAAAUUACUUGGAUUUCAAUAUACCUUUUGGGAAGCAACUGAUGGUUCAAAUUUAGAUGCUGAACCUUUGUACUCUGAAGUUGAAUUUUUACCUGAAUUUGAAGAUCCAUUCACUGGGAGGCCUAUGACAACUGGAGAAAUCGGUUGUUUUAUAAGUCAUUAUCGCAUAUGGCAAGAAGUAGUAGCAAAAAAAUUAAGUCGCGUACUCGUUUUCGAAGAUGAUUUACGAUUCCAUGUAAAUACGACUGAUUUUCUGGCAGAACUUCUCCAGGAUCUUGAUAGUUCCAAAAUUGAUUGGGAUCUCAUAUAUUUAGGGAGGAAAAUUCUUCGUGGAGACGAUGAAAGGUGGUUACCGAAUCAUCGACAUUUAACAACAGUAAGUUAUUCGUAUUGGACACUUGGUUAUUUAUUAUCACAAAAUGGUGCACAGAAGUUUAUUCGAGGUAAUCCACUAAAGAAAUUAUUGCCAGUGGAUGAAUACAUGCCUAUCAUGUAUAACAAACAUCCGAAUACGACAUGGAAAGAAGCAUUUCCAAAUCGUGAUUUAAUAGCGUAUGCAAUUUCUCCAAGUAUUGUUUUUCCUGAGAGAUAUGUUAAUGAUCCUGACUAUGUUAGUGAUACAGAAAAUUCUGACAUUGUUGAUAUAAUUGACAAAGCUACAAAAAAUAUCAACCUGUCAAGUAAAGAUGAAUUAUAA